GUGCAGCAGAGAGGAACGUGCGUCCUGUGGUCCUGGUCCCUGUGGAGCUGGCAGCAGGGAGCUCAGAGCGCUGACCACCCCUCAGCCCUGCCUCAGCCUGCCACCUCCCCACUGAGGCCAUGGGCCUGGGGGCUCUGCUGGUCCUGCUGGUGGCCACCGCUUGGCAUGGUCAGGGGGUCCCAGUGAUACAGCCCAGUGGCCCUGAGCUGAUUGUGGAGCCAGGCACAAGGGUGACCCUGCGAUGUGUGGGCAACGGCAGCGUGGAAUGGGAUGGCCCCAUCUCCCCAUCUUGGACCCUGGACCCAGAUGCCCCCGGCAGCAUCCUGACCACGAAUAAUGCCACCUUCCAAAACACGGGGACCUAUCGCUGCACGGAGCCUGGAGACCCCCUGGGGGGCAGCGCCACCAUCCACCUCUUUGUCAAAGACCCUGUUCGGCCCUGGAAGGUUCUGGCCGAGGAAGUGGCAGUGCUGGAGGGUCAGGAUGCACUACUGCCUUGCCUGCUCACCGACCCGGCGCUGGAGGCUGGCGUCUCGCUGAUGCGGGUGCGCGGCCGGCCUGUCUUGCGCCAAACCAGCUACUCCUUCUCACUAUGGAAUGGCUUCACCAUCCACAAGGCCAAGUUCAUUGAGAGCCAGGACUACCAAUGCAGUGCUCGGGUAGACGGCAGGACGGCGACGUCGAUCAGCAUCCGGCUUAAAGUGCAGAAAGUUGUCCCAGGGCCCCCAACCUUGACACUGGAGCCUGCAGAGCUGGUGCGGAUUCAAGGGGAAACUGCCCAGAUCGUGUGCUCAGCCAGUGACGUUGAUGUCAACUUUGACGUCUUCCUCCAACAUGAAGACACCAAGCUCGCAAUCUCUCAACAAUCCGACUUCCGUGAUAACCGUUACCACAAAGUCCUGAUCCUCAGCCUCGGUCACGUGGGCUUCCAAGAUGCCGGCAGCUACUCCUGCGUGGCCACCAAUGCCCAGGGCGUCCGCUCCUCCUCCAUGGUCUUCCGGGUGGUAGAGAGUGCCUACUUGAACCUGACCUCUGAGCAGAACCUCCUCCAGGAGGUGACCGUGGGUGAGAAGCUCAACCUCAAAGUCAAGGUGGAGGCCUACCCAGGCCUACAAGGUUUCAACUGGACCUACUGGGGACCCUUCUCUGACCACCCACCCAAGCUCACUUUUACCACUGUCGAGGACACAUACAGGUACAGCUCCACCCUCUCCCUGCCUCGCCUGAAGUCCUCUGAGGCCGGCCGCUACUCAUUCCUGGCCAGAAACGCCAAAGGCGAGGAAACUCUGACCUUUGAACUUACCCUGCGAUACCCCCCAGAGGUAACGGUGUCGAGAGCCCUUAUCAAUGACUCCGAGGCCCUGCUCUGUGUGGCCUCUGGGUACCCCCAACCUAAUGUGACAUGGCUGCAGUGCGGAGGCCGCACUGAAAGAUGUGAUGAUGCCCAAGUGUUGGUCUUGGAGGACUCACACCCUGAGGUCCUGAGCCAGGAGCCCUUCCACAAAGUGACUGUCCAGAGCCAGCUGGCUGUUGGGACCUUGGAAUACAACAGGACGUAUCAGUGCAGGGCCCACAACAGCAUGGGGAACAGCUCCCAGGCCUUCUGGUCCAUCUCUGUGGGAGCCAGCAUGCAGCCCCCCGACGAGCCCCUGUUCACACCGGUGCUGGUCGCCUGCAUGUCCAUCAUGGCCUUGCUGCUGCUGCUGCUGUUGUUGCUUUUGUACAAGUACAAGCAGAAGCCCAAGUACCAGGUGCGCUGGAAGAUCAUCGAGAGCUACGAGGGCAACAGCUACACCUUCAUCGACCCCACCCAGCUGCCCUACAACGAGAAGUGGGAGUUCCCCCGCAACAACCUGCAGUUUGGUAAGACCCUCGGAGCUGGCGCCUUUGGGAAGGUGGUAGAGGCCACGGCCUUUGGUCUGGGAAAGGAAGAUGCUGUCCUGAAGGUGGCUGUGAAGAUGCUGAAGUCCACGGCUCACGCUGACGAGAAGGAGGCCCUCAUGUCAGAACUGAAGAUCAUGAGUCACCUGGGCCAGCAUGAGAACAUAGUCAACCUGCUGGGAGCCUGCACCCACGGAGGUCCUGUCCUGGUCAUCACCGAGUACUGUUGCUAUGGCGACCUGCUCAACUUUCUUCGAAGGAAAGCUGAGGCCAUGCUGGGACCCAGCCUGAGUCAGGGCCAGGACCUUGAGGCGGGAACUGGCUACAAGAACAUCCACCUGGAAAAGAAAUACGUCCGCAGGGACAGUGGCUUCUCCAGCCAGGGUGUGGACACCUAUGUGGAGAUGAGACCUGUGUCCACUUCCUCUUCAAAUGACUCGUUCUCUGAGCAAGACCUGGACAAAGAAGAUGGGUGGCCGCUGGAGCUGAGGGACCUGCUCCACUUCUCGAGCCAGGUGGCCCAGGGCAUGGCUUUCCUUGCUUCUAAGAAUUGCAUCCACCGGGACGUGGCGGCCCGAAAUGUGCUGCUGACCAGUGGGCGUGUGGCCAAGAUUGGGGACUUUGGGUUGGCCAGGGACAUCAUGAAUGACUCCAACUACAUCGUCAAGGGCAACGCCCGCCUGCCUGUGAAGUGGAUGGCUCCUGAGAGCAUCUUUGACUGCAUCUACACAGUGCAGAGUGACGUCUGGUCCUACGGCAUCCUGCUCUGGGAGAUCUUCUCACUCGGGCUGAACCCCUACCCUGGCAUCCUGGUGAACAGCAAGUUCUAUAAACUGGUCAAGGACGGAUACCAAAUGGCCCAGCCUGCAUUUGCCCCAAAGAACAUAUACAGCAUCAUGCAGGCCUGCUGGGCCCUGGAGCCCACCCACAGACCCACCUUCCAGCAGAUCUGCUGCUUCCUUCAGGAGCAGACCCAAGUCGACAGGAGAGAGGACUACACCAACCUGCCAAGCAGCAGCAGCAGUGGCAGCAGCGGCAGCAGCAGCGAGCCAGAGGAGGAGAGCUCCAGCGAGCACCUGGCCUGCUGUGAGCAGGGAGAUAUUGCCCAACCCCUGCUGCAGCCCAACAACUACCAGUUCUGCUGAGGUGACAAUGGGAAGCCCUGCCUCUCCCCUCCUCUAAGCUUCAACUCCUCCGUGGAUGGGGCGCCAUGGGGAGAACACAGACUCUGCCCUUGAUCACUUCACUCAACAGCCUGGUCCAGCUCUGAAACUCAGGAAUAUGGGAUCCAUGGGAGGUCAGAGAGGACCCCGCUUCCAGGGCUGGACCAUCACUGCCAGUCGGGGGCUGGGGCUGAGCCCCCCCCCGGCCCACUGUUCUCAAUGCUGUGGCCUCAUGUUCACUAUGCCAACAGGAAGAACCUGCAACACACUCUUAACCUUGUCCCCAUUUUCAGGACCUCUCUUCCCUUCUCCCCUCAUGUCUCAAUGGAAAUGGACUAGUUUAUGCCUAGGGCAUCCCUAGGAGCUGCCCUAACAUUGAGAAACCAAGGCUCCCUGGGCCUUGGUAGAGGGGAGGGUCCCUCUCUGAGUGGAGCAGCGAGAACAGACAGGUGCUCAGAGGCUGUGCUUGGCUCAGCUCCCUCAGAGCACGGUGGCUCCUCUGUAAGAAUCUAACCGUCCACUCUCUGCCCUCUAGCCCUCUUCUCUCCUCAGCCCCACCCCACCCUGAAUCUGGUAUUCCUAUAGUGAGCCAGGUGGCAGCUAAAAGUUUGGGGCGUUCUGCCCAGUCCUCCACAUUCUGAGCUGGAAGGCAGGGGACCCGUGUGGCGGGCUACAGCAAGCAAGCAACAUGCACUUCCCCAAGUUGACUCAUCCUCACUAACAGUCACAUUGCGGGGUGUCUCUGUCAACAUUAAACUAACAGCAUUAACACA